AUGACGAUAAAUAGCGCCUUCUCCGCCUCCCCCCGCGCAUCCGCGGACUCUCCGCCGACGGCUCCCGCCGCGUCCGCUUCCGCCGACACGAUCCCGCUGCUGACGCCGUACCAGAUGGGCCCCUUUUCCCUCUCGAACCGCGUCGUGUACGCGCCGUUGACGCGGUGCCGCGCGCUGGGGUUCGUUCCGCAACCCGCGGCGGCGACCUAUUACGCGCAGCGCACGGUGCCCGGGCAGCUGUUGAUCUCGGAAGCGACCGCUGUUGUGCAGGAAGGAAUCGGGUACCCGAACGUGCCAGGGAUCUACUCGCGCGAGCAGGUGGAGGCAUGGAAGCCGAUCGUGAAGGCGGUGAAGGACAAGGGCGGAGUGUUCUUCUGCCAGAUCUGGCACAGCGGCAGGGCGUCGCACCAGGACUACCAGCCGGGGGGCGCCCUCCCCAUCGCGCCGUCCGCCAUCCCCAUCACGUCAGGCGACAAAGUCUACACGCACACGGGCGCGCACGACUACCCCACGCCGCGCGCCAUGUCAGAAGCGGACAUCCGCGCGGCCGUCCUGCAGUUCCGCGUGGCGGCGCGCAACGCCAUGGAAGCGGGGUUCGACGGCGUCGAGCUGCACGGCGCUAACGGAUACCUCAUUGAGCAAUUCCUCAAGGACAGCAGCAACAAGCGCACGGACCGGUACGGAGGAUCCAUCCCCAACCGCGCACGCUUCCUCGUGGAAGUCGCAUCCGCUGUAGCCGAAGAGAUCGGGCCGCUGCGCGUGGGAGUGCGGCUGUCGCCGUUCUCAGCGGUGCUGUCAGCGGUGGAUUCGGCCCCCGUGGCCACGUGUGUGCAUGCCACGCAGUGCCUCAACGACCUGGGGCUGCUCUACCUGCACCUCAUGGAGCCCCGCUUGGACCGCGAGGGGGAGGCCAUCAAUGAUGGGGAGGUGCCUGUCGCUGUUCUCAGCGGUGCUGUCGGCGGUGGACUCGGCCGCAGUGGCCAUCUCAUGGAGGUGCGCUUGGACAGAGAAGGGGAGGCUAUUAAUGAUGGCGAGGAGAGUGGCUGA